AUCGACAUACGUGUUAAUUAGUGACUGUGAAGCCGUGCACGCGAUCCAUCAAUCCAGCCAUUGUACGCAGGGGGGGCUGGCGACCACGUACGAGCACACGCAACACACACAGGCAGAGAGACAGAGAACACAGUUGACACCAUGCACACACAGACAAUCCCUCCACGCAUCACGCUGGCAUCCCUUCCCGCACACUUCACAAUCGGGGCACUGAGAAAUCCUCACUGUGUUGCCCAGCUUGCCCACACGUGUGACAGACACGAAGACACAAGUACAGAGCUGCGGACACACUCGGACAAAUACAAACAACUGACAGAAACAGACGAGCGAGACGCCACGCCAUGCAAAACAGUCACACCAAUGGCAUCCAUCGCGCACAGACACACGAACCAGUCAGUACAGAUGGACAUGUAUGUAUGUAUUUAGUUGCUAUGGUCGUGGAUAAGACUGUCCACGGCGAGGAACAGAUAUGCGAUGGACAGCCCCGCCAGCCAAUACACAGAACGAAUCGGAAACGAGUUGUUGAUCGGGUGCGCAAACGACUUGGUUGUCGAAUCACACGCUGCACAUCAAAACACACAGAGACACACACGCAGCCAGAGAGAGAGAGAGAGAGAGAGACGUGCCCACCCGUGUCGUCGCACUUCUGCUGCCUACCUUUACUGACAUUGUUCAGGCUGCUGGCCGACAAACAUGAGGUCUGAAAAGGCCAGCGAUGUGCCGUUGUUGAGGGCCUCCACAACAUAAUAGUAGCAGGGCAGCUGUGGCAGGCCGUCGACAAGGGGGAAAGACUCCUCGAACCGCGUUUUGUUGAUGCUGGUGAUCAGCUGCAGCAGCUCUUUGCUCUGCGGCAAUGAUAGCCGCGUCUCGCUGCCGUACACAUUCCAGCUCUCAAUGUUUGUCACGCCAUUCCACCUGGGGGACAGAAAGACGUGCAGGUGUGUUGAGAGGUGAGAGGGGGGGGAGCAUUCUUACGAGAAGUGGAGUUGUGGGUGUUUGAGUGUCUCCUUGGUGUUGAGCAUCAGCACUGGAGGCUCCUCUGACCUCCCCCACCACGCAGCUCUGCUACAUCCAUCACGCACACACACGCACAUAGAGAUGACUGCACCCACCCAUCCGUCUGUCCGUGUCGGCCUCUCACCGUGAUGCCCGGUAUGAGUUUUCCUUUGCCACGAACUCCAGCUCCAUCAUCACCUCGCCAUCCUCAGUCACCUCCGACAUGAAGGGCAGCUUCUCCGGCCGCCCGACCCCUCCCCAGCAGAUGACACUGUUGCCGUUGGGCAGCCGCUGAAGGCCUCCGGUGGCCAUGCCGAAGCGGUCGGGCGAUGAGCGAUGCUCCCACACCUUCGUCGCCACCUGAUCAACGCCACAACACUGCAUGUGUGCAGGAGUCUCUGUGGCUGGCUGUGUGUUGGUCACCUUGUUGACUUGAUCGAGCUCGUACCUGGGGAAGGGGAGGAGAGAAAGACGUGAACAGAGGUAGGUUGUGUGUGUUGUGUUGGUGAAAGCGAAUGCUCACUCCACGGCUCGCGAGUAUUGGGGCUCGGCGAGAUUGCCGUUGUCGAAUAUAGUCAAAUGUCCGUUAUCCAGAAUGCGGGCGUCAUGUUGGUGGCUGAAGGGCCGGUCCUCGUUGGUGAACGUCCACUCGUUGGCAUCGCCACCGAGCCGCCACAUGGUCUCUCCUGUCCAGCGGCUCACCUGACCCACAACAAAUACAGACAGUCGAUACAAACACGGCAGAAGGAGGGAGGCGUCGUUCCCUUACCUUGAGGAUCUGCUCGAGAUGUCUCAAAGACAUGAGGAUAUGGCCGUCUGGCGUCCAGUCGACACUGUUGAGGUGGAUAUGAUCGCAGUAGCCCUUAUCUAGCUGAUCGACGGCUCUCGUCUCGGUGAAAGACGAUGGCAGGUGGUCCCAUGAUCUCCAUUCCCACAGCACAUUGCCGCUGGGGUCUAUCUCCUGCACCACCUGCCCCACCACCUGCGAGCGCUCCCUUUUCUUGCUGAUCAUCGUCACGUCCAUCUUCUCCUCAGCGUAGAUGAUGAACAGCUGCGAGCCGUCCUCUCGGAUCUGCAUACCGUGCCCGUUGGCCCAGUAGCCGUGGCCUGGGUGCAGCACUCUGCUGCUGCGGUAGUGGUGGUCGAUCUCCACAUAGGCCUGCUUGCGUGUGUCGUGGUAGGUGAGCAGGCCGUUGCGCUGCUUCCUGAAGUCUAUGAGCGACCAAUCGCUGGUCUUGUUGAGGGCGUGGUACCAGAUGAUGUCUCCGUUGUCGUCGAAUAUGGUCAGGAAGCCCACGUAGGUGUCCUCGGGCCACCGGAUGUUGCUUGCGAAGAUGUAGCCCUCUCCCAGGGCGUCUUGUCUGCCCUGCCUUGCCGCGCGGUUGUUGGCUCGGACGUGAGGGAAGUCGGAUGGGAUGGUGAUGUAGUCUUUGGUCAUCACUUCCCACUCGUUCUCCUGUCCUUGCCCCAUUGUGACCAUAUCGCCCACUAUCGGCCGGUCAUCAUGCUUCAUGGCUGCGAAGGUGUGGGCGAACAUGCUGUUGUGCUCCGCGAAAGCCGCACGCUCUCUCUCGCUGUCACCGCUGUCAUCACUCGCGUCAUCGGCAGAUGGCCUGGCAACCAGAGGCCGAACGUUCUUGGUCUCUUGCUGCUCCUGCUGCUUGCUGGUGACCAUCUCAUAGCCGCCCCUCUUGCUGAACCGGUAUGUCUUGAUGGCCUUGGGCGACACUUGGAAUCCCCAUGAGAAUGCCGCAGUUGCCUUGCCAUACUUCGGUCGUAUGCCCGGCUUGACAGUGACGUCGACCCACUCGCCUGGGGUGAGCUUCCCGUUCGGGUAGAAGAGCAGCGUCUUUGCAUCAUCACCCAGCACCAGCUCACCCAUCUGCUGGCCCGACUGCUUGCCCACCACGCGAAUCUGGCCGGCCGUGUAGCUGUCCUGAAGCAGGGUGGCCCCGUGCCUGACGGCGAUGCUGGUGAGGGGCGACACGAACUUGGCAUUGGGCAUGGGAUGGAUGUACUCGAAAGAGCCGUAGAGGCCAUCCAUGCCCCGCUCCUUCGCGUCCGUGGCGACGGGCGGCGGGGCGAGCACCUGAUCCGAUGGUAAAAGGGCACCAGUGUCGAUAGGUGGGGCCUGCUCCUCUUCGGUGGCGGCCAUCUGACUGUCGUUGGCGACGCUGAUUUUUUCGGGGACGUCGCUGCCUGUUCGGUCCUCUAUUGCUUCGACGGCCUCCCUCUCCUGCUGAUCGGACGCUGCAUCCUGCUUCUCCACUAGGUUUGCCACCUGCUGCUUCUCCUUCUCCGCAGCCAUCUCCUUCUGCCGAGUUUGCUGUGCGAUUUGGUCGAGCACCAGGCUGGUCGCCUCGGGAGGCUUGGGGAGGUCGCCAUCGUCGAGGCGUCGCGGGGUGCUGCAGUUGGUAGUGUCGAAGCCCUCUGUGAGGUCACAGGCGGCUGCGUCCUCUGCCGCCUUGAGAUUGGGAGGGGGGGCGGCUGAGAGAAGCACGACGAGGAAGGAAAGGGGUAGACCGCCUCGCACCACCAUCAACAAUGCUGAAAAGAAAACGAAACGCUUUUCUUAGGGCUCCCAUUAUUUCAUCCCUAGCGAUCAAGAAUUCCAAGUCUACGUGUACACAUGCAACAACGUCUACAUACUCAGGCCCUCACUACAAAACGUGUCGCAGCAGCCACCAAUAAGAGACAACUCACCAACACACCGUGUCUGACCUCCCGCCCCACAGCCGACGACUCACUGUCGUCGCCAUCUGCUGAUGUACUAUCACUAUCGUCCGUGUAGGUGAUGUUCAUUGGUUCAAGCCUCAAUGGGACAGUGGCCAUCCACCCCGCCUGCAACGUGGUGGUCACACCAUCCCCUUCCGCUGCUGUGGGGAAGGAUAACAGCGGCUCUUUGAUGAUGGCGCUAUCGCUCGUCGGCGCAUAGCCUGCCAUUGAUGUAUCAUUGGAUUCACUGCUGGCCUUGAUGUGACCGCUGACGGCCAAUGUCUCGUCCCUGAAGUGAAAUGCAGACACACAAAUGGCCGUGUGUUUGUGAUUUGUUUGUGUCUUCAUCUUGUCAUUGACCAUAUGUCGCAUGCGUUGAGUGUACCGCCCUUGUGCUUGUCGCCCAGCACCAUGACGCUCCACCCAUUCCUACCUGCAUGAAAGUCAGAGAAGGGCAGGUGCAAUGGAGAUACAGUACGGUCUUCCUUAGACUUACCGCGGAAGUCAGGCCGAACCCAAAGCAGUGAAGGCUCAGCACCUGCAAACACCACACGGCAAAGACACAGGGGCAUGCACUUUGUGGUGUCCUAAGCCCCCUACAGCUGACCAGCAUACUCCCCGACUUUAGCGCCGUCCAAUCGUGUUGCAUCUCGGUUGUUGAUCUGGCUGUUGGCGCUGCCCACCAGCACAAUGCUGCCGUCGCUGCCGACACACAAGUCGCCAUCCUUCAGACGCAAUGUAUUGCUCGUCCCGUCAGACCUACAUGCGCAUAUGCAAAGAAGGCAUCCAUCCAUCGACCCUUCCCCUGUCUCUCGCAUGUGCUGUCUGUGGCUUGCUUGAGUCGCGCCAUGGUCAGCUGGCCUCGCAGGAGGGUGCGUGCCGCUAGAUCCACACGGGCAUGGUAGGUGAUUUGCGCAGACUUAGUGUUCCACAAGUCGUUGUAAAAGUCGAUCUUCUGAAUCUUUUCCACCCCCUCGUAGUUCUUGCCAUCGUAGCGAAAUAUCGUCUCAGUUCCCGCGCUUUCCCCACCUGUCAAUACAUGUCACGUGCAGAAGACCUAGUUUCUUCAUGUGAUUGUUCGUGCGCCUUCCUUACCGAUAUAAAGGAAUCGAUCAGGGCCGAUGACAGCCCGAUAAAGGCGAGUAUCUGCAAUAUUGCUGGACAAAUCCUGCACACAAAAGAAUGAGUCAGUAAUCCGGCGUGUCUAGCUGGUGCCCUCACCGCUCCAUCGAAUCCGAAGAGCUGCAUGACAAAGUUUCCUGUCGUCAGACUCCACGCCGUCACAAAUGCGACCUGCACCGGGUUCCCACUAGGCAAUUUCUGGAGCAAACAACGCGAAGCUGAGAUGGCUUUGCACAUCAAAAUGCUGGUAACGUGCUGCCUCUCACCUUAUUGUCAAAUCCCACGACGAUGACCAGCUCAUGAUCAGGAUCGAUAGCGAUGUCCUCUACGAAAGAACGAGACACUGUCUUGGUCCACUGCACGCUCAGAUCAGAGUGGUACCUGACACACACAGAAGAGCAGGCGGCGGUCCGACGACUUUGGUGGGCUGAACGCUCUGCAUGUGCGAUUACACUGUGAUGUUGUGUGUGGUGUCGAGAAUGGCUGCGAUCUCUCCGUUGGGGCCGCAGCACGAGACUCGCUUGUGCUCACUGGAGUGAAGGAGCUCCUGAAACAGAGGGGAGGAUCGCACAUCUUCCCAUGCGUUUGUCGCGUGUCGCACCACCUACUGUAGCUGUCGGAUACCGCGCUCUCUCGAUGGCUGCGGGGUUGAUCGAUUGAGUUGGGUCACUCAAUGCCGCUAUGUCGUGGUUCUUGAUCACCAGCAGCCCCUUGGUGGUCGCAAUGACUGUGUGGCCGCUGAUAUUCUUCCUGUCGAUGUCCAUAUCCAGCACAGGUGCCUCCAGAGACAGAGCUGCACCAAGCACCACGGAACAGUCAAGAGACACGACAUAAAGUAUCAUGUGUCUCUUUCUCCGCGCCUACAAUCAAUUUCUCUGGGCUGUCCGUCAAUCGAGAUAAUUUGAAGCACACCUGCCUUUGUUCCACCCGCCUCCUGGCUGAUGAACAAGUACACACGUGGACGCCGGAAGUUGGCAGAUGGAAAGCACAGCAUUGUUCCGCUUACACAGUAUUUGUGGCGAGCAACAGGUGUUUCUCCAGCAGUAUCUUUAUGGCUGCCGUCUCAAAUUCUGUCACUCCAUGUGUCAGAAAGGAUGAGUAAUUCAUUUUCAAGUCGCUGUCGUAGUAGUGCUUCGACGUCAGCGCGGGCUUCAAGCCGAUUAUCCGAGUGAUUUCUUGGUCCUGCUUUGCAAACUUGUUCACGCAAUAUACAACGCCUGACGCCAUGUUUGACGUCACUCUGCAGACAUGCCCUUGAGAAAGGAAAGAGACGUGCAAUCCUCUUCACCUACUUGCUUGAGACGCCUUUGCUCUCGUCACUGGACAGCCCCUGGCCAUCAUAGGUGUCUUGUACCUCCCAGAGUUUCGUGUUUUCAACCACGAAUUCCCCGAAGCGGCCUCCAGACAUGAAUACAUGCCCCCCAGGCGACAAUGCCACCCCACCGAUCCCAUAGCCCCUUGUCGCAUGCAGCUGUUCCCAUCCCUUGGUCUCCCUGACAUAUCUGAAGAAGGUUGAUAUCUGCGUGUGCUUGGUGACCUCAUAUGAGAGGUAGAGCGUGCCAUCAGCCCCAAGCGUGAGAGCACCGCUGUCGUUGUUCGCGAGCUCCCAUGUCUCUGCACACAGGUGAGUGUGGGCAGAUGCUGAUGGUCGGUUUGCAUCCCAGACCUGCCUGUGCGUCGUAGUGGUAAACACCGUCAUAGUUGGUCUGAUCCACAAAGCAGGAAGGAUGGAAACAAAGAGGGAAAUCAUUGCAAGACAUCUCACCUUGUACCAGAUGUCGCUGAAUGUGUCCUCGAGCAUGUCGAUGUGUGGCUUCCCAUCGAGCCCGGUGAAGGGGAAAGCCAAGUCCCGCCAAGUGCCCUGCCCAGCUGCAUCAAGUGUGAGCAUCGAAAGCUGUGGAUCGGUCGUGCCGCCUUUGUGGAGGAGGACUUUGCCGUCUCCUUGAUAGAAGUUGCUGAAGUCAGGGAGGAACUUCAUUGUGUCGUACCAAAACCGCCGGUUGAUGUCAAAGCGAUAGAGGAUGUUGUGAGACACGCCGUACAAAUGCCCGCUGACAACCAUGAGCUUGCCGAGACCGUACUGGACUGAAAAAGAGAGGAGAGUGCGCAACGGAAUGCAAUCUUACGUGAUGUCCCAUUUACCUGGUGGGUCGGCGAGAUGCCACCAUUGCUCCUCGUCGAAUUGCCACAGGCCAUUUGGAUGGGUUUCCGUAUUGGGGGAAUCCUUUAAGCUCAUAAACAAUACGCCAUUGUUUACAACGAGACUUAUCUGAUAAACAUUGCAAUCAUCCGUUUGUGUGCACUUGAGCUGUUACCGAGCCCCGCUCACCGUAAGAUCGUUCUCCUUGCCGGGUAGCCCCUCCAUUAUCAUAGUCCAAUCAGCGCUUGUGAAUUUUAUCGGAUUGGUCGACAUCACCACCGCAUCAUUGACGUAGUUCCUCUUGCCUUUCAGAACAAAGCAGUCAUCGGCUGUCACCUGCAGAUUCUCCAUCUUAACCCACUCGCCCUGAGCGUCAUAUCUGUCAGCAAACAGCAAGACGUUCAUACGCCAGCCUUCCUGAAUUGUGCGUGCUUCCAGUAUGCAUACCUGAAUGUACCGCCAUAGUUGCUCUCGUAGUAGAGUGACGGGCCAGAGCACUCGCGCAGACUGAUGUGCGGCUUGCCUGAUCACAAUCAGCACCAAGUGAAGUGGUCGGACGGACAAGAAAGAAAGAAAGAAGGGAGUGAGUGCACGUCUCACCGUCCAGAUCAGUGAAGGGGAAGUCAAGGCUGGUCCAUGAGUUCUUGCCGAGAUCAUACGCAUACAAGACAGGGUUAGUCGUGUCUGCAGUGAACACAGAGACGAAGAGAAGCAAUCAUCAUUCGCUCGCCCACACGAAAGCAGCUCCCUCCUCAUACCCUUCAUCAAAUACACUUUGCUGCUGAACUUGCCGAUGGCUGCGGUGGUCGGUUUAUCGAGAGGCGCCUCAGGGAGCGCAUCGACCACACUGCCAUCCUCUUGAACCUGAAAUGUGAAUGACCACACACCGGUUUGUCUGUUUGUGCGUGUGCGUGUGCAUCCCCUCUAGGUCCUUCACUUCAAUCUGCCCCUCUCACCCAUGGUGACCCACCUCGUUGAUCUUGGGGCCAUCUCUCAUAAACAAGCGCACCCCACCACGCAUACCAAGCAGCCCCACAUCAUCAUAAGUCCCAAGCUUCCUCCCAUCGAUAUCUCGGUUGGCUGUGGUGUCGAUCCCCGUGCUUGCAGCCGACAGAGGCAGUUCCCACAUCUCUUGUGAUUGAUACCAUCGAUACAGCCUGUUGUUGAAUACAAAGUCCUCCAGCACAGGGCCAUUCGCGUCCACAGUGAGGAGAAGGGCUGGGAGGGGCGGCAGGAAAGAAAGGAACAGCAGAAGGGAAGCAAUGAGCGUCACGUCUACGGGCAUCCUGGAGCGGAUUAACGCACGAGCCCGGUUGUGGCCUUCGUGUUGGACUCGUGGAUCAGGUGUCUGGUGUCCCC